ACCGGUCAGCUCACUAACAUAGGCCUAGCUCUGUGAUUUAGGGAUCGUUUCGUCUCCUGUUGCCAAUAUCUUUGCAUAAUCAAACAAUCCCUGUGGUAUUGGUUAAUCUUCGGUGCUUCAUCCUUGUUCUAAACGCUCUAAUACUUUAAUCCACCGAAAAAAAGACACUUGUGGUUGACCACAUCCCACUCGUUCGUCGGAACUCGACACAGCCUUUUGUUGCCUAGAAUAUAUCGACUCAUUGCUAUUGCACAUAUUUUAUUCUCAAGCUCCUUGCACGACCAUGAGUAUGGACGCUGGCGGUCUUGCUCAAAUGACCUACAACUCUUCUUUCAAUAAUGGCACCUCCCUUGGUGUUCCUGGUUCCAGCUUCGCUUCUCGGGGAAAGGGCUCUCACAUCAAGCGUUUGAGUGUACCUCCCCCUCAUAUUUCUACCAUCGAUGAAUCUCAGCCGUCUGCACCAGUGCCGACUCCGCGCACUAGCCGUUCACACCUCCUGGCCGGGCUGAGGACGGCCCCCAAAUCCGCUACGAUCCCUUCCGCUGCCCACCGUCAGCAGCACCUCGGGUUGGACACUGGCCGUUAUGCAAACCUGCCCGACCGAGCCUCUGACCGCGUUCCGCAAACUGCCACGGGAGCUGGAUUUCCCCGGCACUCGUAUGCCACGCAGCAGAAUAUUGAUAUGAACACUGGUCGUCCCAUGUACACUCUGCCGGAGCAGGUGCUUGCGCCUCCGGACUUUGGCAGCGAUAUGGAUGACAGUAUGUACGCGGAACUGAUGUCGACCAAUUUGUUCCUGGCUGCGCAGCAGCAGCGCCUGCAACAACAAUUGAUCAGCGUUACUGCAGCAGCCCAGCAGUUCCAGGGUCUUACUCUUGGAAUGGGCAUGGGCCAGCAGCAAAACAUGCAGAACAUGCAGAACAUGCCAUCGCUCUCAAACCUUGGUUUGGGAUUCUACCAACAGCAGCUCCAGCAGGGUGUGCAGCCAAUCGUCCAGCCGGUUCCUGGUCAACCUGGGCUCUUUUCCGUGUACAACCCUUUGACCGGCCAGCACAGCUUUAUUUAUGGGGACAGCCCUGAGCAAGAGAGCGUCCAGACGCCGUACCAGGAGGAGGACCACGCCCCAUUCUCGCAGGUCCCGAUUUUCCGCGCUGAGGUCUCCCCCCCUCCGGAAUCGACUCAGUCUCCCUUGGAUCUGCCGACGCCGGUGUCUCCCCCCAAGAGCAGCCCUUCGCCGCCUCAGGAUGUCACUCCUCUCCCGCCGCCUUCCGCCAAUGCAUUCCGCAGAGGCCACAAGAAGAGCUCGUCGAUCAACCCCGUGCCCAAGACACAGAUCGACACGGCUAAAGCCAACAGUUCUGUAAUUAACGCUGCCCCCAAGACUUCUGCAUUGGCCCAGACACCCGCCACUGGCACCUUUGGCCCUGGUCAGAACCGCGCUGGCGAGCACCCGAUCCGUCAGCCCCGUGGACCACCAUCGUUGGAAGAGCUGGUCGCUAAGCCCACUUCGAAGUACGAGGGAAGCAAGAACUUUGCAACCCGCCAGCGCCGCCGUGCGGUUCACAAUCUCGUGCGUGCUGGAAUUGAGCGACGCGGAGAAACCCGAAGCUUCGGAUACAGCAGCGGAGGCACCAACACCCCGGCUAGCGAGAAGGAAUUCACCUUUUCCGACGGUGAUGAUGCUACGGUGCGCAGCGGUAGCCUGUCCAGCAAACCCAGUCUGGGAAGCUUGCGUGCCGUGGCCAACGGUGCGAUUGGCUCCGAGAGGAAGGAGAAGUCUUCUCGGGAGCGCAAGUCGCAGGACAGCCCCUACAACGCUGCCACACCGACCAGUGAAGAUGGAGCAUUCUUUGCCACCAAGUUUGCGGACAUUCGGGCAGAACAGGUUUCUUCUCCUACAGGAUCGCCCUCGGUUGCUGCUGUCGUUGCAGGCCAGAAGACGGUAGCUCAGGGUCCGGAAAGGCGCAAAACUCCAAUGCUUGUGCUAUCCAGCGCUGAAAAGCGUAAGACCCCGAUCAUGUAAUGCAACCAUCAUAAUGUGACUGAGACGUAACGGACUCGAUGAUUUUGCUUUGACCCGCAACUUGAGCCAAUCUUUUUUGUUGCCCGUGAAUUGACA